GGCCCGUCUUUUGCUAGCGAAGGAACGUGUUAGUGCUUAUCAAAAUGAAAUUUUUAAUUCUAGCUUUAACCACUGUAGUGGCAAUAUGCUCGGUUAAUUGUGAUGUUUAUUUUGAUGAGAAGUUCCCUGAUGAUUCAUGGGAAUCCAAUUGGAUUUAUAGUGAACACCCCGGUAAAGAAUUCGGCAAAUUCAAGUUGACGGCCGGCAAAUUCUACAAUGACCCAGAGGAAGAUAAAGGCCUGCAAACCUCUGAGGAUGCGAGAUUCUACGCGCUUUCUCGCAAGUUCGAGCCCUUCUCCAACGAAGGCAAGAACCUCGUCGUGCAGUUCACAGUCAAGCAUGAGCAAGAUAUCGACUGCGGAGGCGGUUACUUGAAGGUGUUUGACUGCAAACUUGACCAGAAAGACAUGCACGGCGAAUCCCCCUACGAGAUUAUGUUCGGCCCCGACAUUUGCGGACCUGGCACCAAAAAGGUUCACGUAAUCUUCAGCUACAAGGGUAAGAAUCACCUCAUCAAAAAGGACAUUCGUUGCAAGGACGACGUCUACACUCACUUAUACACACUGAUUGUUAAGCCCGACAACACUUAUGAGGUGCUGAUCGACAAUGAAGUUGUUGAAAAGGGUGGCCUAGAAGAAGAUUGGGACUUCCUACCUCCCAAGAAAAUCAAGGACCCAGAAGCCAAGAAGCCCGAAGAUUGGGAUGACCGCAAGACCAUCCCCGACCCAGAUGACACCAAACCGGAAGACUGGGACAAACCUGAGCACAUCCCUGACCCUGACGCCACAAAACCUGAGGACUGGGACGAUGAGAUGGACGGUGAAUGGGAACCACCAAUGAUUGAUAACCCUGAAUACAAGGGUGUAUGGGCUCCUAAACAGAUCGACAACCCCGCAUACAAAGGACAAUGGAUCCACCCAGAAAUCGACAACCCCGAAUACGUUGCCGAACCCAACCUAUACAAACGCCCUGAAAUUUGUGCUGUUGGUCUCGACUUAUGGCAAGUUAAGUCUGGCACAAUAUUCGAUAACUUCCUGAUCACUGAUGAUGUAGAACUCGCCAAAGAACGAGGAGAGGCAUUAAAGAAGACUCUAGAAGGAGAGAAGAAGAUGAAGAACGAGCAGGAUGAAGCCGAGAGGGAGAAGGAGAAGGAGAAGUCAGAAGAAGAUGAUGAUGAUGAAGAUCUCGAUGAUGAAGCUGGAGAAGCGGCGCCUGUGGAGGAGCACGACGAGUUGUAAACAUGUUAGUGUGAACACAAAGACUUUAUUACUAAUCGGUAUAAUAUAAGAAAGCAGGGGUUAAGCGCAUUUAGUGUCGUUCCACAGUUUACUACCAGUCGUGGUUCUGUCUCGGUCUUUUUUGUAAUCUCAAUGGCUAUUGCCUAAGAUUUGUAAUGUGUAAAAAUCCUAAAAAAUUAAAUUUCAAAGUCCUUUUUUGAGUUCUUGAUAGAGAUUAAGAGAGGACCUCCAGGCCGAAUUGAAUAUAUCCAGCUCAAAUAUUUUCCGCUCGAUCAAUAAGUAUAGAUUAUGCAAUGUCAAAGUAUCUUUGAUUGUGGGAUUGGCCAAUAACUUGUGAUAUGUACACUUAUCAUUUUAUCUUUUGAGAAUAACUGAGCGUGAGAUCGAACAGUGAACGGCAUCCGAGUAUCGGCCCUUAGUCUAAUCGGAUUAUAUAAGUUUAUCUAGAUGUGUCCAAUCCCGUCUUAAUAUUACAAAUAGCACUGUGUGACUUGGAAUAUUCCAUUUUAUAUACCGGGCGUAUGGCUCCAGGCGUCCAUAGUGAUGAUUUUUGUAUAUAAAGAAUGCAUUCGGUUUUGUUAUUUAUAAGCGGCACUGUGUGUCGGUGAAUGUGUGUUUGUGUUACAAUAUCGGCCGGAGUUUGUCCGUCGCUGUUGUAAGACAAACGAGUGUGUUAUCAGUUUACAUUGUGAAAUGAGUCUGAUUAAAUUAAUAUAAUUUGUUCCUGUA